GAAGUGCAACCUUGCUUUUUUGUUGUUGUUGUUUGACAGAUAAAGACUGGGAGGACAUUAAAAAGAUGCCAGAGCACUCCACACUGAUGAAAGACUUUAGGAGGAACACAUACACAAACUGCAGCCUUAUAAAGUACAUGGAAAAACAUAAAGUUAAACCAGACAGUAAAGCAUUCCACUUGCUGCAAAAAUUGUUGACCAUGGACCCCAUCCGUAGAAUCACUUCUGAGCAGGCGAUGCAGGACCCCUACUUUUUAGAAGAACCUCUACCAACCUCUGAUGUGUUUGCAGGCUGUCAGAUUCCUUAUCCCAAGAGGGAGUUCCUGACAGAGGAGGAGCCAGAGGACAAAGGAGACAAAAAAAACCAGCAGCAGCAACAGGGAAACAACCACACAAAUGGGGCAGGCCACACCGGUAACCCUGACAACAGCCACGCCCAGGGCCCGCCACUAAAGAAAGUGCGUGUUGUCCCACCCACCACUACCUCAGGUGGCCUCUUAAUAUCCACAGAGUACCAGCGUUCGAAUCCACAUGCUGCCUACCAGAACCCUGGACCAAGCACAUCACUGCCCCAAAGCAGCAUGGGAUACUCCUCUACCUCCCAACAGCCACCCCAGUACUCCCACCAGACCCACCGCUACUGAAACGCCCCUCCUUGCACAUAAACACACGUACUUCUAGAACACGUACACACACAGCUCUCGCCACGCCCACCUGAAUGAAUGUACUGAGGGAUGUGGGGAGGACCUUCCCCAUCAACCAGUCAACUAAUCAACCCUACAGAGGGCGCUAUAUCUGCAGCAGUCUGUCAACAAACUCUACUUGUUCCAGACAACAACCAUAAAACGAAUCCAGUAUUAGAAACACAGCAUAGAGCCUGAGUCGUGAAACAGAAAGCAGGAGGGCAAAAAUAAAAGGAAAUGUGAUUGAAUCCAACCCGUUUCUGCUACUCAGACGUAAUAAAAACCGACCAAGAGUCUCUUGUGUCAUCUCCUCUCUCCUCUGCGACUGACCCUCUCCCAGCCAGUGCACCCCCUUUCCUGUCAAAGCUUGGAUGAACCUGAAAGCUGCUAUGUGACUGCCGGCCAUGACAGAUUCCCAGCCUUUUCCUCAUUUCCGUGUUUCCGUUCAUGUGAGGGCUGGAAUGAGCUGCUGGGAAGCAUGCUGGGUGGAUGCGGAUCUCCCGGAUCUGUUGAGUUUUUUUUUGUUUUGUUUUUUAAUUUUUAUUUCCAAAGGAGGACAAAGAAAACGACAAGAUUUUAGUAGUUUAUAAUUUAAUCUGUUGUCAUGGUUUUGUUUUCAUGGCAAGAGCGGCUUGUCUGAGCCAAGCACUUGGCCUCUCGCUGUGGGUUAAAGCCUUAGAGUACAUGACGACAAAAUCAAUCAGUGGCAUGGAGGAAGGCCGAUUGAACAUGCAUUGUACUGUAAUGUACUGAAAUAUUUUACAUGAAACAAAUAUCCUGACAAUAAAAGUGGAAACAUUAA